AUGGCGAGUGAGCCUCUUAGAAGCGGGCUGACCUCCCAAGCGCCGCGAGACCUGAGCGAAAACGGAACGCUAUUUCAGGCUUUCGAGUGGUACCUGCCCAGUCCAGCGAGUGAGGACAACAUCCCCGGAACAAGCUACUACGCUGUUCUCGAGUCCAUAUUACCACAUCUCUCUGCCAUGGGAGUUUCACAUAUCUGGAUCCCGCCAGGCUGUAAAGCCACCUCUGUUCAGGACGCUGGCUAUGGCGUCUAUGAUCUUUGGGACCUUGGUGAAUUCGACGCAAAGAACGAUGGUAAUCCUAAGAGGACCCGAUGGGGGAGUCGAGCGGAGCUGGAGAGGCUCUGUGCCAAAGCAAACGAACUCGGCAUAGGCAUUUUGUGGGAUGCUGUGCUUAACCACAAAGCUGCCGCCGAUGUAAAGGAGACAAGCUGGGGUGUUAAAGUAGACCCUAAAGACCGGACGAAGGUUCUUUCCAAAGUGCACGAGCUCGAGACGUGGACGAAAUUCACCUUUCCUGGCCGCGGCACGAAGUACUCGGACAUGAAGUACAAUUGGACACACUUCUCCGGAGUCGACUAUGACUCUCGCAACAAGGAACAUGGUAUCUUCAAAUUCGUUGGAGAAGGCAAACGGAGCGACUGGGCCCACGAUGUGAGCAAAGAGCUUGGGAAUUAUGACUACCUGAUGUUCGCUGAUAUCGAUCACUCGCACCCUGCUGUGCGUACUGACAUUCUCAACUGGGGAGCUUGGAUCACGUCCAGGCUGAAUCUCGGCGGCAUGCGCUUGGAUGCGAUCAAGCAUUACUCGCUGUCAUUUAUUGCCGACUUCAUCGCUCAUCUCGAUUCAGCGACACCUCACGGCAGCAAGCUAUUCUAUGUUGGGGAAUACUGGGAUGCUGACACCGACGUUCUGGAGAAGGUAAUAAAAAGAUUUCACGGAAGACUUCACCUUUUCGACGUCCAAUUGGUGUACACCUUCAGCGAUUUUUCAAAAGGCCGAAAACAUGAUCUGAGGACCAUAUUUGACGGGACUUUGGUCUCAAGGGAUCAUGCCCAUGCGGUGACCUUCGUCGCGAACCACGACACGCAAGAAACACAGUCUCUUGCAGCGCCUGUGGAGGAAUGGUUCACUCCAUUGGCCUACGCGCUUAUCUUGCUUCGGGAGCAAGGCGGAAGUCCCUGCGUCUUCUGGGGAGAUGUGUUUGGAAACCAUGGGCCUCGCCCUCGUCUUCCAGCCUGCGGAGGAAAACUCGCACGCAUAAUUGUCGCGCGCAAGCUCUAUGCAUAUGGUCCGCAAAGGGAGUACUUUGACAGCAGCGAUUGUAUUGGCUGGACAAGGCUCGGCCACAAGUCGAGGUCAAAUGGGGCCGGACUUGCGGUUAUCAUGACGAACAGCUGGGACAGACGAUUCAAGAGGAUGUUUGUCGGUCACAGACACAUCGGUGAGAAGUGGAGGGAUGUCCUCGGUUGGGACGACAGGGAAGUUGCGAUUGACUCCCGAGGAUUCGGAACGUUCCCAGUUGGCCACAGAUCCGUUGGUGUCUGGACUCAUGACAAAGCUCCUGAAUUCGACAAGAUAAGCCAUUUCACCUUUCCCCGACUUGGAAAUACCGCUGCUGCACCGGAUCCAAGACUUCUGCCUGUUUAG